CUCACUCACGAGGAAUCUUACCUCAUAGAAGCAAUCACCUUCAAUCUCUCCUCACACCUCAUCCAUUUAUUCCAAUUCGCACCGGGAAAAAAUGUUCGUCAAGAAGGCAUUCCUCAGCCUCGCCAUGGCAAUGGCACCUACGACUGUCCUUGCCCUCGACGACUUCUGGCUGGGAUCCUACUCCGGCGAAGGCCUCGCCGGCACCUGGGGAAACCCUGGCUCGCUUGGUAUGUGUUACUAUACCAUUGUCGGCAAGGGCGUGAACCAGUGUGAUGCAACCCGACUGAACCCGUCGGAUGGGUCGGGCGGCUGUCCUGGACAGAACGGCCACAUGCCCAAUUUCUGUCAUAUGGCUAUUGCUGGCGCUGGCGUACCCAAUGGCUAUCAGCUCGAUCGCAACGGGGGGAACUGUCCGAUGGAUAAUUCCCGCUCUGAUGGAACAUGGUACGCUGACGUGGUCGACACCAACAAUGGCAACGCAAAGGUUGGCCGUUGUGUCUAUGAGUUCUGGAAAGGCCCCAACUGUGCCUCUACCGGCAGCUUCCUGACUGAGACCUUUGUUCACUGCUACCAGGACUAAGUGAGGCGUUCACAGAAAACGGCAUUGGUGUGGAGGGUUUGG